UUGAUGCCAAGUGGGCACAGUAAAGUUGAAAAAUCCUACACACCUAAAUUGAAUGAAGUAGUAGAGAGAGAGACAGUAAAUUAAAAAGCAGGUGACAUUAUAAGAAGUAGAAUCACAAUACUACGGCCAACUCACUAAUCUUGAUUGAUUCACUGAAGAGUUCUGUGUUCUUGCAAGGCUUGGUAAAAUAUGGACUUCGCUAGUAUGGACAGUGCACAGCUCACUAUGGUGGGAUCAGGAUUUUCUGCUUUGCUUUCAAUGCAUUUCACGAUACAGCUCUUGUCACAACACCUCUUCUAUUGGAAAAACCCAAAGGAGCAAAAGGCGAUAAUCAUGAUUAUAGUUAUGGCCCCCCUUUAUGCCAUUGACUCGUUUGUGGGCUUGUUAGAUAUUCGUGGAAGCAAAGCAUUUUUCAUGUUUCUAGACUCAGUUAAAGAAUGCUAUGAGGCUGUGGCAAUCGCCAAAUUUUUGGCCCUGAUGUAUAGUUAUUUGAAUAUAUCCAUCAGCAAAAACAUUGUGCCUGAUGAAAUCAAAGGGAGGGAAAUUCAUCAUUCCUUUCCAAUGACUCUAUUUCAGCCUCGUACUGCCCACUUAGAUCACCGGACACUGAAACUUAUGAAGCAUUGGACAUGGCAGUUUGUUAUCAUCCGUCCAGCAUGCUCUAUCUUGAUGAUCACGUUACAGAUUCUUGGGUUAUAUCCGAGUUGGCUCAGCUGGACGUUUACCAUCAUUCUCAAUAUUUCAUUCUCAGUGGCCAUGUACUCCUUGGUUGCUUUCUACCAUGUUUUUUCAAAGGAACUGCAGCCACACAAACCACUUUCAAAGUUCAUCUGCAUCAAAGGGAUUGUUUUCUUCAGCUUUUGGCAGGGGUUGGUGGUUAAAAUUCUAGUUGCGUUGGGCGUUAUCAAACCUCACCAUUUUUGGUUGGAUGUGGAGCACCUUCAGGAAGCCAUUCAGAAUGUUUUAAUUUGCGUGGAGAUGGUUUUCUUUUCUGUUCUGCAGCAAUAUGCAUACCACGUAGCUCCUUACAGUGGCGAUGUCGAAGCAAAGUUGAAACUGAAAAAGGAUGACUAAGUUGAUGCACAGGACAGUGGUGUGGAUAGACACUCCUUUCUGUGUGAUCUUGCUUUUGACAUUCAACUGUAAAGCAACUUUUGACAUGCAUUUGGUGGAUAUUGUUAUACUAAUAGGCAUGCUGCUUCAUAAUGGCUUUUCAGAAAGUUUUCUGAUGUUCUACUUAGGAAGAUACAUUUGAGGCUGUAUGGCACAUCCUUAUUAGUUUUUUACUUGUUACUUCCUUUGUCCCUUGUCAUUACUAGUUUGGUGUAAGUACCCAAACAGAGUUUCUUUUUUUGUCAACUGGGCUUCUGGACUAUGGUCCUUUAUGAUAUUAUUCCAAAGUUCAGCCAUAGAGAAAGGGCAGGUUUA